UCAUGCGCCGCCGUAUUUGACAGGAAUACGUCCUGUCUGUGUCUGUGACCCCCGUUCAACCCACAACCGGCUGGAUUCGCCGUUUCGUUUCUGCUGCUGGUUGAAAUCUGUACUCACACAGCGUGCUGAAUGGUUUAUUUUGCCCGCACAAAACUAUUUUUUGUUGCAAAUGCGAGUGCGGUGACGGACGGAGUAAAAUAUCGCCACAUUGACAAAUCUCCUCACCAUGUCUGGAUAGCAGACAAGCAUGAUGAAAAGCAAGAUGGCCGCCGAGCACACACAGAGGGUGGCAGGUACUGCGUUUGUGCUAAAAGCGUCAACUCCGUCUUAUAGUUGGAUACCGAGUGUAAUCUUUGCAAUAUGCUUGUGUUUACUAUCAACACGGCAGCGACUAUCAACCCACAAUAACAAAGACAAGGACAAUGUGUUCUCACUGGCACCUGGAAGUCAGUAUUUACUGUACUCGGUAAUCCUACAUGACGGACGAGCCAGGACACCCUCCACCUCCACGAAAAAGGAUACAACAACCCCAGCAAAUACGAUACGAAGGCUGCUCUUCCUGACAAUCAUGGCACUUCUAGCUGGCGAUGUGGAGGUAAAUCCUGGCCCACAAGCGCUAGGCCUGACACAGCGGCUAGAGGCUAACAAUAGCCUGCUACAUCCAGCCACCAGCAGCACGACAGCCGCCUAUUCAGCAGAGUUAACAACUAGCAGGACUCGCGAACUGCUGGCUCUGCUUCACCUACCCCCUCCGAUGUUUCGGUGCUAUCUCCCUGCUGUUACUGCCGCAGUCCGCCGUGCUGCUCACAGACCUGACGAAGGCGUCCACCAUCCCGACAUCAACGCCUCAGCAGCGGCUAACCCAGCGGGGCCGCGCCGAGGGCAGACGGCCCAGCAGCUGGGAGCUGACGGCGGCAUCCACCAUCCCGACACCAACGCCUCAGCAGCGGCUAAUCCAGCGGGGCCGCGCCGAGGGCAGACGGCCCAGCAGCUGGGAGCUGACGGCGGCAUCCACCAUCCCGACACCAACGCCUCAGCAGCGGCUAACCCAGCGGGGCCGCGCCGAGGGCAGACGGCCCAGCAGCUGGGAGCUGACGGCGUCAUCCACCAUCCCGACACCAACGCCUCAGCAGCGGCUAAUCCAGCGGGGCCGCGCCGAGGGCAGACGGCCCAGCAGCUGGGAGCUGACGGCGGCAUCCACCAUCCCGACACCAACGCCUCAGCAGCGGCUAACCCAGCGGGGCCGCGCCGAGGGCAGACGGCCCAGCAGCUGGGAACUGACGGCGGCAUCCACCAUCCCGACACCAACGCCUCAGCAGCGGCUAACCCAGCGGGGCCGCGCCGAGGGCAGACGGCCCAGCAGCUGGGAACUGACGGCGGCAUCCACCAUCCCGACACCAACGACUCAGCAGCGGCCCAGCAGCUGGGAGCUGACGGAGGCGCCCACCAUCCUCACACCGUCACCUCAGCUGCGGCUCGCCUGUUACAUCCGAGCACUGUCAGCGCAGCAGCUCACCCAACAGCCCAGCAGCUCAACAAGGUCAUGGAUCAAGGAGGCCAUAGAGAUCAGGAAGCGGGCCAGGACACCAUCAACCGGGAUGAGAGGGCUUUAAUGCUGUCGCACACCUGGGAUGCUCUCCACCAGAGACCAUCGGCAGAUCUGUCAGAUUGCCAAGCCGGUCAUGCCUUCAAGGAAACACCAGCUGAUAAAGACACAUCACGACACACGUCAGAUGACGCUUCUGAAGAAGACUGAAGUAAGCAGUCAAAACAUGUCAAGGUCCUGUUCCCCGGCUACCCCCCUGCUCUGGCAUGUGAAUCCCAUGAAGGGUAUUGUGUCAGAAGAGGUAAAAUGCCAACUUUCUUUGUUCACAUGAAUUACUUUUUUUGGCUGAAUGGUCAUUCAUUUAACUUGUUUUCUUUCAUUUAUUAUAGACAGACUGCCACUGCUGUUUUUUUUUUGUUUUGUUUUUUUUUGCAUUGUUUUGUUUAUUUCAUUUUGUUUGUUUGUUCAUUUAGUUUAUUUCAUUGUUGACCCAGUUGUUCUAUUUUUGAAUGAUUUCAGUAUUAUUUUGCCUUUUAUUAUAUUAGGUGGUUUCUGUUAAUUUCUUUUGCCCUUUGUUAUGUUAGUCCUCCAGGGCCUUGAUUUCUUUCCCCCAAGAGACUUUUAAUAGAUUAUUGCAGCAGUCCUGUGUGUUUUUAAUACAUUUCUUGUUUGUCUUAUUCUUUGCAUGAGUGCUGCAGGACUGGUGAUAGCGUCCUGAACACCAAUCCCUCCACCGAAUUUCUGAUCCAGACAUUCAGCAUGAUUUUACCAGCCAAAUUAUUGUAGAUGUCUCCUCUUCUCCAAAACAAACAGACCCGGUGAUUUUAACUGGUAAAAACACUGAAUAAAGUAGUUUCACGAUACCCUUCAGUGUUUCUCUGAUGCUGUUUGGCAUGUUGGAGAUGGAAUGCUAGCCCAGCACUUGCUAAUGUGUGCUCAUCUUUAUUCUCUGACAAUUUAAGUUCCAAAUGUUCAAGAGGUUUUUUACUAGGAGCUGCAUUAUCCAGGGGUCUCUUCCUCUGAAAAACAAAUGAUUUAAACCGCUAAAAACUCUGAACAAAGCAGUUAGACAUGAAAAUAAAUAAAUAAAUAAAAUAAAAAAAAUCUGUGUUUUUCCAUUGCUGCUCGUCGCAGAGGGGCUUCUAACUAAGUUGGCAAAGGAAAAAAUCAAAAUGGCCCAAUUUGUAGCAUUUAGAGCCAGUGUUUGGUUUGUCUGUUCUAGGUAACCGUAGAAACAUGUCACUGCAACAUGGUGGACCCUGUGGAACCCUAUGUAAAUGUAAACAGCUCAUUUUAAGGUAAUGAAAAAUGAAGAUUCUUAUUUUUAGCUGAUUAUACACAAAAGAAAACAUAUUUAUUGUAUCAUAUUCAAUAUCUAACAAUAUCCCUCUAAAUCCUAAACACUGGACCUUUAAGGCUGAACUAAUUAAACAAACUUUAUACACUGUUGGGUAGUUUUAUCUGUAAAAUGCUGGUCAUUUGUUUUGUAUUUAAAUCCUCAUCUGCAAAGUCACCUAUAAGCUGGUAAAUAAAUGAAGUGGAUUAAAAACUACAGUAUAUCCCUCUGAAAUGUAGUGAAGUCAAACACUCAGUGAAACACUCAAGUACAAGUACGUCAUAAUUGAACUUCAAUACAGUACUUUAUGUAUUAUACAGUACUGUAAAUGUAUUAUUUUUUCACCAUGUAGUUUGUACUAAUACUUUGUUAGGUAGAACAAAUCCGGGUAACACUUUAUAUUAAGGUACUGUUAUAUAGCUAAUUAAUGCUUAAUAAGCACAAAUUAAUAGUUAAUCAGCACUUAGAAGGCAGUAUAAGAUGCUUAUUAACAUUAAUAAGACUAUAAGUGUUUAUUACAGCAUAACUGACUGAGUUAUUAUUGCUUAUAGGAGCAUUAUAAGCACUUAAUAGCAGGGGUGGAAGUAACGAAUUACAAAUACUCACGUUACUGUAAUUAAGUAGAUUUUUUGGGUACUUGUACUUUUAUGAGUAUUUUUUUUCAAGUGUGUAAUUUUACUCCUACUUGAGUACAAUUUACACCAUGUCAUCUACUUUGCUACUUUUAAAAUCAUAAGUCGCUACUGAGUACGCCCACAAUUUGAAUUAAUAUUCAAACCUUUCAUCUGCAUCUUUGUAGCCAAUAAGGCUGUCCGAUCGCGACCGCGCCAAUUAAUCUAUGACGUAAGGAAAGGACAUCUCCGCUGCAGCAGGCACAGGUGUCUGGCGGUAACAUACCUACACAGCAGAGUAGAGACUAAUUUAUGGACUGAAGAUUUGAAGACAAAGAAGCCAAGGGUGAGUGUCCAUGCGCCAUAGUGCUCUGCGCCGCAACAUAACGGCUUACCGGUGACAGAGAAGUCUGACUCCAGGUCCAGUAAUUUCCUCAUUCGUUGGCGUCAUGACUGCCCAGUAGUACCUGGACAAAAGAGGCACGCAGGCACACAGGUAUGUGGCGUGUCAGAGGAGAAACGAGCUGUUCACAUUUUUCUCUCUGUGGCAGGUAACGUUCCACAAACCUCACCGCACUUUAGGGACUGUUCUUUACUUAUGAAGGGACUGUUCUGUACUUGUCAGGGGACGAGGGUGGCUGGUUGAUUUUUAUUUUUUUAUUUUUUUAUUUUGAUCCCCCUUUUGUUAAUCACUUAUUGAAGCUGUUUAGUAAUUUAUUCCAUUGAAAUAUCAUUGAUGUAUUUUAGAAAAGUGAUUUAUGUUUUUAUAAAUGACAAAAGGCACAUCUGCCUCAUUUUUGCUGUGGUAUCGUGAUACUACUCAGAACCGUGAUACUUUCACUGGUAUCGUACAGUGGGUCCCAAUUUUGGUACGGUGACAACACUAGAUGUCGCAACCAUUCCAUUCGGAGUCGCGCAGUGAGGCGGCUCGGGUGAGUGUUCCCCCACUUUUGGGAGUGGGGGAACACUGCUCUCUCAGAGGCCCAAAGUGUUCCCCUACUUCUAAUUUUACAAAUUAAGCACUGGUUAUUAGUUUGGCUAAGAUAAGUCUGCAAAGAUAUUGUCACUGCCACUGGUUUGCCUGAUAUUAAAAUAAGACGGAGCUAACUAACGUGUGCGCGUGCAUGCAUACAUAAUUGAGCUACAAUUCUUAGAGAUGUUUUAGCUUAAUAUUUUGACAGCCACCGUCAUUACAAUAAAUUAAAUCUGUAGUCAUUUAAUACUCACAGGCCUACAUUCAACAGGCCUAUAUUUUGUGCUAGAGUGACGCUAUGUUAUAUGAAACAUUAACCAUGAAAGUUAACCAUGUCAUGUUAGCCUGUCGGUAAGGGGGGUAAAUAGUGCUCCAAAUUCAGGCUAAUGUUUAGCAUGGAAAACAGGGCACGAGCAAGGGGUUCGUUGUUCUCUUACUUAAAGAUACCUGAAUGAAAAUGUUUUUGUAUGAUAAGCGUUACCCCUUUACAGACUCAUCCACUUCACUCUAAUCCCUUGCAGUUUUGUGCAAAACCCACAUGGUAAUUUUGCGUGCGGUAUUUAUGUAAUUUUGCCUAUUCUAUUUUAUUAUUCUUGCAUAUUGGGGUCCUUAAACAGUAUUACAGUUAGAUAAUUUGGGGCUGACUGGAAAGCUGUGACUCUUGUGGAGUCAGUGAGCCCCAUGUAUUAAUGUGUGUGCCAUGUGUUUACACUCUUGCCUCAUAAUAGUCAUCAUUGCAGUAAUUUCACUGUAUAAGGUGAGCUGUUUUUGAUAUUUUAUACAGGUGAAUCGAAUCGAAUGCCUGCUAUUGACGACGCAAUAAAACAUCCAUCGGUUAAAACUAAUUAAUACUCUGAGUAGUUUUUGAGAAGAGUACUUUGUACUUUUACUUUAGUAUUUUUUAAACACCAGUACUUUUACUUGUAAUUGAGUACAGUUUAAGCAAUGUAACAGUACUUGUACUUGAGUACAAAUUUUCAGUACUCUUUCCAC